AUGGCGUUCCCGGCCUCGGUCUCGCGCAUUCCUCUAUCGGUCCAGACACCGUCAAAGCCCACGCUGAUUGCAAAGUUCCGCUCGGGGUCGUCGAGCAACAGCAGCACAAAUCAGCAGCAGCAGCAGCAGGCAUCCCCUGCCCAGUCGUCGGGCUCUGGCAUCCGCGUCCUCGGCUCGUCGUCCACGCGCCGCCAGUCCCAGAGCACAAAUACAACCGCGUCCGUCAAUGGCCCAGUCGCAGGAAGCUCGUGGACAGACACGAGGUCACCUGGCGGCGUUGCGUCCUCGCUUCCAUCCGGCCCGCCAGGAGCCUUUGGCACGAGCCCGUCAGCUGCAUCGCCUGCGCCAUCACUGAGCACAUCUGCGGAUGCUAGGAUCCCUGGCAUGGGCCAACCCCAGGUCCAGCGUGCGCCCGCGAUGAAACGGACGACGUCAGCCGACGGGUCGUCCCGAGUUGUAGCGGCUGGCAAGGUGUCGGCUACGGCCUCGUCCUCGACAUCGGCUUCGGCUGCCCCACCACCACCCCAACCCGCAGGCACAUCCUCGUCCUCUUCGUCUGGUCCUCGCAGACAGCGCUCCUCGUCUGCAUUACCCCGCCGUCACAAAUACCUCGCCAGCAAGGACACCACCCCUGCCGUCCGCAUCGACAUUUGA